UUUUGUUUUUGCAUUCUGAAGAUCAAUGGCUGACGUGUUCCGCCGAGCCUUCGAACAAACCAACAAGUUUUGAUGCUAAAACCCCAGAAAACCGAGAGUGUCCAGCUUGGUUGGGAACCCACACUUAAAUAGAUCAUCCCCGAACAGUCAAGGUUAAAGCUCCAUCCUCCAGGCAGUGAGUAACCUACCUCCAACUCAUUUUGCACUCUCAAUCGUACCGAGACUUUCACUAAAUAUGAACGCCAACUCGCUGCCGAGCCUGCUCGGAAACCCAGACCACUACGUCAAAGCGUUCAAAGUUUUCUGUUCCCGGUCUGCAAAAUUCAGCGUGUACUCGGACUGGGUUGACAAGGUGUUCAGCAAGGCGGUCGUCAGUAAACUCCAGACCUCUUCGGACACCCAGGAAGAGCUGCGGGUACUGGGAGUUGGUAGUGGAUCGGGUGAAAUGGAUUGUAAAAUGUUGGAGAAGCUCUCGAAGCGAUUUCCUCGCAUCGAUAAUCGUGUUGUCGAGCCUUCUCAGGAGCUGGUAGACAAGUACCAGGCGUUGGUUCAAUCGAAGGCUGGCGACUUACAAGGCGUUAAGUGUGACUGGCGGCAUGAAACGAUCGAGCAGUAUGAAGAGGCGGGAAACCUGACCAAGUUUCACGUCAUCAGCGCUGUUCACUCCAUGUACUAUGUUGACAACUUUGACAGCACACUGAUGUAUUUGUACAACUGUUUAGUUCCCGGCGGAGUAUUAGCAACGAUUCUUUUGUCAGAAAACAGCGGACUGAGUCGGUUCAGAACUCGCUUUCCGUGUCUUCAAGGUCGUAACCAUAACACCAAAACUUCCACCGACAUUUGCGGCUCCUUAGACCAGCAAAGCAUCCCACACGCACGCCACCUGCACCACCAGCGCGUCCGCGUGGACAUUACCGACUGCUUUGACCGAGCCUCGGUGGAAGGCGGCCUGCUUGUGGAUUUCAUCACCAAUGUUGUGGACUUCAGGGGGGCGGCGUCCGAUGACCUGCGUCGGUCGGUGAUGGAGUAUCUCGCCAGUAGCGAUUGCUCAGAGAGAGACAAUGGAGCGAUAUUGAUGAACACUGAUUGGGACUCGGUCGUCGUGUACAAGCCAGCAGAAUCAAAUUAGAACAGUUUCUUCAACCGUUUAACUAAGAUGUCGUGAUUGCGGUACUGUUUGUCUACGUAAGCCACUCAGUUUUAUACAUUCUCAGUGCUCUUUUUCUGCAGCGUAAUUGUUGCUUUUACUGAAAUGCCCUCUUUCAUCAAAAUACCAUAUACCCUGCUCUACCACACUAUGUGAACAUUUGCUAAUUUAAAAGAGCUGAUAACUCUGUGAGAUGCGUACCAUUUCUUGCCACUCUGUUUUAUCUAAGGCUUUCGCCGCCAUUCCCACACAUUGACAACCGUGUACUUGGGUUCUCUCCCAAGCAAUUACGCUAGUACAAGGCAUUAGGCCAAAAAGUCUCCGGUUUCUGGUCAGGGGCUUGCUCCAAGAGUGGUGCGGAGACGCGGCUCCCCCUCCCCACUUUUUUCCCUAGAAAUGAUGUACUCGUGCCUGUGUGUGUAUGAAUGUGUGUAUGUGUAUGUACAGAUGCCCUCCUCAACAGGAGCUGCCAUUUUAAUUUGUUUCUUCAGUCGAUUUUUUCAUCUGGUUUUAUCAUCGUUUACUUGCGCCAUCCAUUUUACUUGGAGUGAUGAAUGUAUUGAACUGUAUUUAGUGCUACCUGUGAUGAAUAUUUUGUGUAGUUUUUGACUUGUUUAUGACAUUUUUGGCUGAGGUUUCCCUCAACACAUUGCCUACGACUGUGUAAAUAUGGCUGCCCCAUGCACUCUGCUGUGCUGUAUUCUGUACUUGUUCCUGCAUCAGUCAUCUGUGAAACAUCAACUCGGUGACGAUUUCAACUCACCCAACACCAGAUACGUGUAUUGUGCGCCUCGUGUGUCUUUUGUCAUCAGCGUGCACAAAAUAUUAAUCCCAACUGGUCUAAGACUAAAACAUUUGGAAGUAAAUCCGACAUGAAGGUACAUAAAGGGAUUAAAUUUUUGCAUCUAAAUACCCAGUCUCUCUAUACAAAAUUGGACGAGUUGUGCCUCUUGGUAUUCCAAAGUAAUUCUAAUAUUUUGACUAUUUCUGAAACUUGGAUGUAUGACGGGAUCGAGGACACAGAGAUUCACAUACAGAACUACAGGGUACUGCGUAAAGACGGGAGACAAGCAUGGUGGUGUGGCCAUGUACGUCCACAACAGAUAAUGUGUUCAUCAGAUACAUCUGCUAGACGUCCAACUUACAAAGGUUGAGACCCUAUGGAUGAAAUUUAGUCUUCCAAGUACCCGCCCUGUUUAUGCUGGUAUCAUACGGACCGAAAGCCUGCACUUGUUCUUUGAGGAGCUAUACUCGAUGAGAUAAUAGGAUUCAGCACUUCUAACUGAACACCAGGGGAAAUUGCUUGUCUUGGGGAUUUUAACUGUGAUUUAUUGAAACCUAGUGAUUGGAAAUAUAAACAAUUGCAGGAUUUAAUGUCAUCAAGACAACUUACGCAAAUUAUCUCCAAACCUACAAGGGUAACAGGUACCUCAGAAACUUUAAUUGAUCAUGUAUGGACUACCCAUCCAAACAUGUACGCGAGUAUUGGGGUACUAACAGUGAACAUUGGUGCCAACUCCCUGAUCUAUACAGCUCGUAAGACGCCGAAGCAUCCAAAGAGGCCUCUGCGCAGCAUGAGGACUCGGUGGGUUGUAGCUCUAUGGUCAUAUCGUGCCUUUAACGAAAAUAGCUUCACGGACGACCUUGGACAUACUCCCUGGACAGGUUUGCAAUCAUAUGGUGAUUCUGAAAUGGUCUGGAGAACUUUUGAGAAUACCUUUAUACAAAUUUGUGAUAAACAUGCUCUUUAUAAACACAUAAAGAUACCUAACUGGUUUAAUGAUGAAUAUGUAGCUCUUAGAAGAGAAGUUGUCAGGUUGCAGUGAGCCAAAUAAAUUACACUAAAGCUUCUCUUUAUUUACAAUUAAUUUUUUAUUGAUAGAAGCACAUUAACUAAUAAUUACAAUUCCCUGACGCUUAAAGUUUAACUAACACUAAAUAUCUUUCUUGAGUAUUGGAAGAAUUAAAACGAAAAUCACCCACUAGCUGUCGGUGACUCUUUACUCUUGUGACACA